AUAUUUGUCCUUGCACUCCAUUCAAAAGUUUACGCUAUCAACUAGUUCCGGCCAUCAGUUUGUGGUAAUCUAAUGCAUCUGUUAUUUAUGAUUGUCAUCGAUUUUUAUUUCAAUUAAAAGUGAGUGGGUUCUAUCUGUCUCUUGAGUCUUUGGAUCACUUUCCUUCUAUGCUUUCUUCAUGAUAACCUCACAUACUGUUCUUCACAUAUACUCAAGGUACCUUCAGGAUAAAUGCGAACCUGUCAAACACUGAAGUAACAAGCUAAGGUCAUGCCUUUGAAGAUUAAAAAACCAAUUGCUCGGUUUCUACAUGGUCAGGUUACCCAAAGAAUCAAACUCUUGGAAUCAGCAUUGCUUGAAAUUCAUGAUCUUGACAAUCGCAUGAAAAUGGAACUAUUGGCUUUGAACGCACUUGCUAAUCCAAACGAGGAUGAGUUUUGUGAAGAGGAUUAUAUGACAUAUUCUUCUGCGGACAAAUUACUAAAAGGUCAUCAGGAUGUUGCUGACUCGAAUUGUGAUAUCAAAUAUGAAUUGGUUGAUUUAGACGAUGAUUUCGCCGAUUAUGAAGCAUCAAUUAAUAGAAUUGACGAACAAAUUCAAUCGAUCGAUUUCCAUCGAUCCCAAUCGUGUUUAAUGAUGAAUGAUCAAAACCAUUUAUCGUCUACCAUGCAAACAUUUAAUUUUCUUACUGGUCUCAUUAAUGAUCAAUCGUUAAAAUUGACAUCUAAUGUGAAUGCCAUUUCUCGUUUUCCUGUUGAUAUAGAUAAUGCGUCAAAGUAGUUAGUUCUCUUUCUCUCUCUUAAACAUUAUAUUCUUGUAUAAAAGAUUCAAUUCGAACUUUAAAACAUGUGUAAAUACAUAUACAUAUAUAAAUGUGUACACCUG